AGUUUCAAACAUCUAAACAUUGGAUUUUAAUUUGUAUUUUGUAGCCUUUUUGUAGCAUUCGCAGUCGUCCGAUAUAUCAGUAGAUUAUUGUUAGUAGAGUUACUAUUCAUAGAAAGUGUGUUAAAAAUGUCAGUUUACUGAUGUAUUCAACAACGUUAUUAUUAUGAAUACUUUUCAAAGUUUGACCACACCACAGGUAGUUUAGUUAAUUAAAAAGCGCGGGCUGCACUGCAUCGCGAUGUUCGCGCCAUUUGUACGGAAGCAUGUCACUUCCUUGGUAUGGAGAUCACCAAACCUGCGAUGGAAAUAAUUGCUGAACUGGUGUACAAGAAACUUGAAGUAUAUGGAUCUGAUUUGGAAUCUUUUGCUAAACAUGCAAAACGCGCUACUGUUAACUCAGACGAUGUCAAGUUAUUAGUACGAAGAAACCCUUCAUUGAAGACACACCUGAAUGGGAUUACAUGCAACUCUGCUACAAAAGAGAAACGACGAAAAACAAUACCACUUGUCUCUAAACCAGAUACUCUUGCGAAGACUAACAAAGAUGAAAACAAGGAACCAGAGGAUGAAGAUAUGGUUGUUGACCAAACGAUUGAUUUGACUUUUGAUUAAAUUAUAAACACUUA